GAGAGGGCGGGGUGUCGUUCCCUUUCGCUGAUGCAAGAGCCUAGUGCGGCGGUGGGAGAAGUGUCGGCAGGAGCAACGCUGCCGCUGGGGCCUGGGGCUGACCCGUCCGACUUCCCGUCUGUGCCGAGCCCAUUCGAGCUGCCGCCAUGUCCGGGGAUGAGAUGAUUUUUGAUCCUACUAUGAGCAAGAAGAAAAAGAAGAAGAAGAAGCCUUUUAUGUUAGAUGAGGAAGGGGAUGCCCAGACAGAAGAAACCCAGCCCUCAGAAACAAAAGAAGUAGAACCAGAGCCCACUGAGGACAGAGAUGUAGAAGCCGAUGAAGAGGACAGUAGGAAAAAAGAUGCUUCUGAUGAUUUAGAUGACUUGAACUUCUUUAAUCAGAAGAAAAAGAAGAAAAAAACAAAAAAGAUAUUUGAUAUUGAUGAAGCUGAAGAAGGUGUAAAGGAUCUUAAGAUUGAAAGUGAUAUCCAAGAAGCAGCUGAACCAGAGGAUGACCUUGACAUUAUGCUUGGCAAUAAAAAGAAGAAAAAGAAGAAUGUUAAGUUCCCAGAUGAGGAUGAAAUACUAGAGAAAGAUGAAGCUUUAGAAGAUGAAGACAGCAAAAAAGAUGAUGGUAUCUCCUUCAGUAACCAGACAGGCCCUGCUUGGGCAGGCUCAGAAAGAGACUACACAUAUGAGGAGCUAUUGAAUCGAGUGUUCAACAUCAUGAGGGAAAAGAAUCCAGAUAUGGUUGCUGGAGAGAAAAGGAAAUUUGUCAUGAAACCUCCACAGGUUGUCCGAGUAGGAACAAAGAAAACCUCUUUUGUCAACUUUACAGAUAUCUGUAAACUAUUACAUCGUCAGCCCAAACAUCUCCUUGCAUUUUUAUUGGCUGAAUUGGGUACAAGUGGUUCUAUAGAUGGUAAUAAUCAACUUGUAAUCAAAGGAAGAUUCCAACAGAAACAGAUAGAAAAUGUUUUGAGAAGAUAUAUCAAGGAAUACGUUACCUGUCACACGUGCCGAUCACCGGACACAAUCCUGCAAAAGGACACCCGACUCUAUUUCUUACAGUGCGAAACUUGUCAUUCUCGAUGCUCUGUUGCCAGCAUCAAGACCGGCUUUCAGGCUGUCACAGGCAAGCGAGCACAGCUCCGUGCCAAAGCUAACUAAUUGGCUAACCACCACUGAUUUUCAAAGUGUGUUGUGGAGAUUUGGCUGGACAGGUUUACCAUCAAAGUGGAUAUAUCAUUGUAUUAAAUACAAGAUAGAAAAGCUGCCAAGUUUUUUGGCUUGUGGCUGGUUGGUCUGAAAUCUUUGCAAGAUGCCGAUGCUCAAGCUGUUGACCUACUCAUUGCCUACUUUAACAACUGUCAGAAAAACAUGAUGGGGUAAGGCGGUGCUUUUUUAAAAUCGUUCAUAGACUUAUGUAAAAUGCAAGAUAAAUUAAAGUUAUUAUAACAGUGA